GGUCGGGUUUCCUCCGAGGCUGGCGAUAGCGAAGCUCCCACCUUCCCUUCCAGCGAGCUGCCCCGCGCCCUCCGGAGACCGACCCGGCCAAGAUGUGGACGCGCUGGCUCGCGCUGGCGCUCGUGGCGGCCGCCGGGGUCCACGCCGAGGAAGAACAAAGAAGCAAAUCCAAGAUCUGUGCCAAUGUGUUUUGUGGAGCUGGACGGGAAUGUGCAGUCACAGAAAAGGGAGAACCCACCUGCCUCUGCAUUGAGCAAUGCAAACCUCACAAGAGGCCUGUGUGCGGCAGCAAUGGCAAGACCUACCUCAACCACUGUGAGCUGCAUCGAGACGCCUGCCUCACUGGAUCCAAAAUCCAGGUUGACUAUGAUGGACACUGCAAAGAGAAGAAAUCUGUAAGUCCAUCUGCCAGCCCAGUUGUUUGCUAUCAGUCCAACCGUGAUGAGCUACGGCGUCGCAUCAUCCAGUGGUUGGAAGCAGAGAUCAUUCCAGAUGGCUGGUUUUCUAAAGGCAGCAACUACAGUGAAAUCCUGGACAAGUACUUUAAGAACUUUGAUGAUGGUGACUCUCGUUUGGACUCCAAGGAAUUCCUGAAAUUUGUGGAGCAGAAUGAGACCGCCAUCAAUAUUACCACCUAUGCAGACCAUGAGAACAACAAGCUGCUUAGAGGACUCUGUGUUGAUGCUCUCAUUGAACUUUCUGAUGAAAAUGCUGACUGGAAACUCAGCUUCCAAGAGUUCCUCAAGUGCCUCAACCCAUCCUUCAACCCGCCAGAGAAGAAGUGUGCCCUGGAGGAUGAAACAUACGCAGACGGAGCUGAGACUGAGGUGGACUGUAACCGCUGCGUGUGUGCCUGCGGGAACUGGGUCUGCACAGCCAUGACCUGUGAUGGAAAGAAUCAGAAGGGGACCCAGACCCAGACAGAGGAGGAGAUGACCAGAUACGUCAAGGAGCUCCAAAAGCACCAGGAAACCUCCGAAAAGACCAAGAGAGUGAGCACCAAAGAGGUCUAACGAGGAGGCGUGUGGGAACAGUGUCUGGAGCCCAACACCUCCUCUUCUACUUCAGCACUGAAUUCAGUAUCCGCAAGUGUCUGCUACAGCCGCCAAAUCACCAGUAUUUUCUUGUAUAGCAAUGAGUUCUAUUUUGUCUAUUUGUUUUGCAAUAAAGGAAAUGGAGUGGCUGACUAGGAGAGGGAAGGGCCACAGCCUUCAUUUCUAAGAGUGUUUUGAAAGUAACUAUGUAAACAGGUCUCAGGGCCUGGAGGCAAGUAAGGAAACUGCAUCAAGGUUUGGAGAAGGAUUGACCCAGAUGCGAACCACUUCAGAAUCUCCCAAAACUGUAAACUCGCUGCAGAGAGUGUGAGCAAUGCCAGGGAGCACUUAGCAGACAGUCCUCUCAGGAGGGGGUUGGGAAGCUCAGUGGAGAAGGCCUACCAUUUCUAACCCUUCUAUUGGCCAUCAGCUUAACAGAUGCUCCAGCAUCUGUGCUUCUGGUAGCCCCAACCACUACGUCUGGAUACACAGUCACCCUGCUAGUUGCCAGUAUCCUCAGACUUGAUGGAGUCUCUGGGAGGUUUCACCCAUGUGAUGCAGAUACUUGUCUCCUUUAAGCCCCUUAGAGACCUAACCAAAUUUUAAAAAUACUCUUUACCAAAGGUGCUAUUUUCUGUAAAACUUUUUUUUGGCAAGUCGACUUCAUUCUUCAAUUAUUAUCAUUAUAUUAUUGUUGUUUCUUUUACUGUUCAUUUUCUUGACUAGAAAUUAAGCAUCUGUAAUUAUUUUUUCAGUAAUCUUACCAUUUCAAAGGUGGGAGAGUUUUGGGUUCUUCCUGAUGCAGAAAUCGCUGUAACCCUGACUCCCUUACCCCACCACAUACUAGAAGCAGCCCAGGGCUUGGCCCCCUGGCUUCCAAGGGCCAGCAGUCUGCCAGAGAAGCAGUGGAUGCCUCAGAGGCCAAGGGAAGAUGAAGCAUCUUUAUACAAAGGUUUCAAAAUCCCAAAAGUUCAUUUGUUUUUGCUUAUUCUGAUGAAUUCAUGCAAACCAGUGCUCCAAAGGGCGAAACAAGUGAAGCUAAGCAAGGCUUAACAAUCCAGCUGCCCAGUGUGCUCAUCAAUGCACCACUAGUUAGGACAAUAACUUUGGCCGUCUCUUCCUCAGUUUCCUGAGUCAGCAGGUAGGAAUGCAUGAACCUUUCAAUUUGGUAGAUUUUAAUUUCUUUGUUUCUGAUAAUUGGUCCAGGAAGAAACAUGUUCCUGUAAUUUUUCUACUUCUUAAGAUAAAAUGAAACCUUGUUGUUAUAACAAGAAGAGUCUGAGAGAAAAAAAGUCCCAAUUUAAUGUCUGUCUGAAUGGCCCAGGAAGAUUGUGCUGUGCUGUCCAGCCCCCUCUCGUAAAGCCAGCCAGGAAGAAUGGGAAAUACCCCACUUUCUCUUCAUUUUUUGCAUUUAACUUCUUGGAAACAGAAAUGGUUUUGCCAUCAGAGAUGAGGACAAAAGGUUCCACAAUUCAGGAGUGGGGGAAACAUGGAUAUUGAAUCUUAGAACUAUGAUUGGGCAGAAGUCGUUUAUUGCUGUGUCUUUUGAUUUCUGUCAUUAUUUACCCCACUUAAUAUCAUGCUUAAGAUGCAUUUGGAAAAACAAAGAUUAAAAGCUUGAUAUAAGAUCUCAUUUUCAGAAAGCAGAUUAUAGACCACUAGAGGGGAAUUAUUUAGAGUAUAUUACACAGAACUGAGAAAGUUGUGCUGAAAAUGAAAUUCCUUCUAAAUAAGUUUUCUUGUUCUCCUUUGAAAGGAAGACAUUGUACUUUGUUUCGAAUUCUGAGCUUUUACACAUCAUCCCACUUAAAAGUUUUUCUUUCAACCCCAGUUGUGCAGCCCAAAAUGUACCUCCCUUUCUAGGUGACUUGGAGAGCUCCCAACAGCACACUUUAAUCCAGUUUUGUCAGCUUUGUACAGCAUAGAAGAAAGGGCAGGAGUGCCAGCUUGUUUAAAGCUAGAAGCCAGAGUAACAUUCACCAGUUAGGUUUAAGACAGUGGUUGCCACCAAGACAGAAACAUUGAAUUCCCAAGAGCAAAUCUGCAUUCCUUCUGUAAAUAGGAAAACUAUUGUCAGCACCAUAGGCUCACAUCAUCUAAUGACCAUCUGAUGACUUAAGCUGCUAAACAGCCUGGUUUGUAGAGUCUUGCUAAAGCUUGGCAUGGAGCAUGGAGCAAACAAACAGGGUUUUGUUUGUUUGGGGUCAGUUCCUGCAGCACAGGGUUUAGACUGCGAGCUUCCUUGGACUUUCUCAGUGUAUGUGUGGUUUUAUAAGCAUCUGUUAAGAUUCAGUGUCCAUAGAAUGUCGUAUGUCCUAACUCUGGACUCCAUCACUGUUUGAACAGUAGGGCUCCCCUACCUGCUAAUGAGCCCAUGUGGACCAAUCUGAAUGUCUUUCCUUUACACUUAACGUUUUUAAGUAGUCAAAUUCCAAGAAGCAAUUUGAACAGGUUUCUGUUGCCUUGUGUUUGUGAAAUGUAUUUGUAUUUAGUAGGCUUCCAUACUGCAUUUAACUUGUUUUUGUAACUUCUGGGUUUGUUUGGACUUUUUUUUUUUUUUUUUGGAUACGAUUGAUAAAUAAAGAAAUUAAA